AAACGAGCUAUAAUUAUUCUAAACUUCUUGAAGAUUUACCAGUAUAAUACUCAUUGAGAAGCUUGCUUCUGCUCCACACUUGAUCAGCCUUGACGCAAGAGAUGACUUGUACAAUAUGUUAUCUAAUUCCUUAAGAACUGUGCUGAGGGCCAGGCUGAGGUCUUAUGCUAGAAGUUUUGCUUCAUCGAUCUAUGAUGCUUCCCUUGCGGCUCAAUGGAAUUUAUCUGUCGCACAGAUGUUGGAGUGGCUGGCUCCUCUUGCUCAUAACACGAUUAAGUGGCAGUCUGAGCGAAACAUUGAGAAGCAGCAUGAGGUCUCGGGAACAAAUGUACAUCUAGUUCAGACACUCUUCUUUGCCAAUCAAGCAAAAACUGAAACUGCUAUUGUCGAGCUGCUUGUUGGUCUCAACUAUCUCUCCAGAAUCAGUGGAGAAAUGAAGGGAAGCUCUGGGAUAUACAGGAGCGAUUAAUCUGACUGUGGAGGUGCUUCUUCAAGUCUGGAAAACUGAUUUUUCUCUUAAUCAGUGGUCAAACUCGUGGCCUGGAAUGGACUUUGGACGCACGCAUUCGUUUCAUCUGUGAGCUAGUAACUGUAGGUUUCAUGAUGUGGAAUAUGAGUAAAAAGCGCAUUCGGUACCAUGAAAUCAAAGUGCUUGCUGUGCGGCUUGGAUCCUGGUGGAAGGCAUUGCGUAUCUCUCUUAUAGAAUGUGUAAAAUAGCGUUGGAUAGAAGUAGAACGUAGGAGUCAUAUGGCUAGAAUGCAGGCAUAGCUUGUGGGUCGUGCUUCGGUACAUAGCUUUCGGGUUACUUGCAACUGUAACUUAGAUCUUAAUCCCUGUAAAGCAGUUUUUUCGAUAGUUGGCUUGUUUAUCUCGUCCUUUCGGCUGGUGCCGGUAGUUACUCUCACUGAUUUUUCUCUAGUUGGGGAUGCAGAUUGAUAGCUAACGCAGGUGCUGCAUGACCA